GCAUCGGCGGUUUGGCCUGUUUCCGGCAGGAUCAGGGGACACGGUGGUAGAGGCAGUGCCGACCGGCGUUGUCCAACGAGGUCUUCCAGGACCGAGCUGACAUGGCGGCGGCUUUUCGGAAGGCGGCUAAGUCCCGGCAGCGGGAACACCGAGAGCGAAGCCAGCCCGGCUUUCGAAAACGUCUGGGCCUGCUGGAGAAAAAGAAAGAUUACAAACUUCGUGCAGAUGACUACCACAAGAAACAAGAAUACCUCAGAGCUCUCCGGAAGAAGGCUCUUGAAAAAAAUCCAGAUGAAUUCUACUAUAAAAUGACUCGGGUCAAGCUCCAGGAUGGAGUUCAUGUUAUUAAGGAGACAAAGGAAGAAGUAACUCCAGAACAGCUAAAGCUGAUGAGAACUCAGGAUGUCAAAUAUAUAGAAAUGAAAAGGGUUGCAGAAGCUAAGAAAAUUGAAAGACUAAAAUCAGAGCUCCAUCUGCUGGACUUCCAGGGGAAACAACAGAAAAAGCAUGUGUUCUUUUUUGACACCAAAAAGGAAGUUGAACAGUUUGAUAUCGCAACUCACCUGCAUACAGUGCCGGAACUAGUCGACAGAGUCUUCAAUAGACCCAGGUUAGAGACAUUGCAGAAGGAAAGAGUGAAAGGAAUUACCCAUCAGACUCCACUUAAGCGGAUAGCUAAAGAAAGGCAAAAGCAAUAUAACUGCCUGACACAGCGGAUUGAGCGAGAGAAGAAAUUGUUCGUUAUUGCACAGAAAAUUCAAACACGCAAAGAUCUUCUGGAUAAAGCUCAGAAGGUGAAGGUGAAGAAAGAAACAGUGAACUCCCCAGCCAUUUACAAAUUUCAGAGUCGUCGAAAACGUUGACAUGUUAUAGAUAAGCCUUGUCUUUCUGCAUUGAAGAUAAUUCUUUUUUUUCCUAGUAAUUUCAAAUCCCAUUAGUCCAAAUGACAUGAUUUUCCUGUUUGUAACCAUAAUUUUUUGUCAAUCUAACAUUCCAUGUCUUUCUAUGAACAACAUUAUAUCCCCUUCCCCUCUGU